UGGUAGGUACUAUUACAGUGCGCAGUCUCAGUUGUAAGAGGUAGGAAUAAACACGAACUCAAUGUCUCUUUACAACAUAAAUGUUAGCGCCAGUGUCGUUGUUUGUAGGUUGUGUUGUGUACUUUUAGCCUUUAACUCAAGUGUUAUGAUAUAUUUUGAAUCCUUUUUGUUUGGACAGAAGUUUUGAUAACAAACAUGCUCUAAACUUCGAAGUUCAAGGAUUCAAUAUAAUACUAUGUAGGCUUAAUUAAUACUAAACUAAGUAACUGAUUAUUUCUUCAUGAUAACAGUGAGAAGCAGAAAAUUAGUGUUGACAGCUGAGAAGCAGCUUUUGGCUGCCGUAAAUUCGCUCCAUGGGUUGUGAUGGGGAUGCGGCCUAACACUGGCUGCACCUUCUCUAUUCAAAGUAUAGUUUUGUGCCUGAUUUUAGCAAGCAUCUUUAACAGGGCAGGUAGUUUCAAUUGCAAAGUGGAACAUUGUUCAGCACAAUAUCAAAGAGCCACACACCCACAUAUAGAAUUCAUUCGACCAAGCUCAAACUAUCAUUAUUGUACAGUGCUUCAUAGCUACAACAAUUGCAUCAGAGCAACUGCAAGAAGUUGCCGUGGAAAUCUCAACUAUCAUACUAUUUCAUCACUUGUAAUGCAGUGGUUUGAUGAAUACAACUGUUCAGAUAUUAUUUUAAAUGGUAUGAUCCCAACAAAACCAGUUUUGACUCGCAGGCCAACAACAGUUCUUCCAGCAGUAUGUUCUUUUACAGGAAGGAAUCCAGGUCCAAUAAGUUUCAGCCAUUGUGGGCUUUUUGGAGAUCCACAUCUUAGGACAUUUUAUGAUGAGUUUCAAACCUGCUACGUACAAGGAGCAUGGCCACUUAUUGACAAUCCUUAUUUAGCAGUGCAAGUAACAAAUGAUCUGGUAGCUGAUGAGUCUAGAGCAACUGCUGUUAGUAAGGUCACUGUGAUUGUGCGAGACUAUAAACCUUGUACUCAGGAGAAGACUUUUGAAUCUCAGACAAACAAUUUACCUGGUGUGUUUAAUGAUGGCUCUAAAGGUAAGCCUGAAGUUGAACCUCUCUUCAUCUGGGAGGUAGAUCCAGGCAGCCACGUGGAAAUUUAUAUCCGUUACAUCGCCACGCGGAUCGUGAUUCGACAAGUUGGAAGUUAUCUAACCUUUGCUAUCAAAAUGCCAGAAGAGGUUGCAAUUCUCGGUGCCAGUUCAGAGAACUUACAGCUUUGUGUUAAGGGUUGUCCGCGUCGAGAACGCAUAGAUCAUAAACAGUUUCUGGCCAACCCCAACCAUUGGAUCAGCAAAGUUACCCACAACUCUCAGCCUGCUGUCCCCGUGCAACAGGCUGUUGAGCUGUGCAGGCAACGUAAUGUUGUCAACUUCUAUUUUGAUGCGUGUGUGUUUGACUUUUUGACAACAGGAGAUAGUAGUUUUACUAAAGCAGCAGAAAGAGCUUUGGAAGAUGCCCCAUCUAUUGACAGUGAAAAGAACAGGACUUAUUUACUAAUUGACAAGGAAAAUAGCGCGCUCGGUCGUUCUUUGAACUUUUUAUUAAUACUAAUGUUGUUAUUUUUAUUAAUCAGUCGCAUAUCUACCUAGUUGAGGUCUAUCAUUAAAAUGGCAAAACUGGGAUUAGUUUGUACAGUGUAAGAACAUGUGUACAUGUAGUAACAAUUGUGUACAAUAUAAUAUAAAGUCUACAGUAUACACUUACAAACAAAGACUAAAAACAAGAAAAUUAAAUUUAGUCCUUUCCCGUAAGAAACAAAAUAUAUCUAAAACAUGAAAAUAGCUGUGUACCACAUAUGCCUGUUGUUGGUCUAUUGUUCUACCUUAUUGAUACCACGUCUAGCAAGGUUAAUACAUCCUAUGUACCACAUAUGCCUGUUGUUCUACCUAAUUGAUACCACGUCUAGCAAGGUUAAUACAUCAUAUGUACCACAGAUGCCUGUUGUUCUACCUUAUUGAUACCACGUCUAGCAAGGUUAAUACAUCUUAUACCAGAGGUUUCUUUAUGGUAAAUAAAUCCUUUGAAGGCCAUAAUUGUAUAAUCAAGCAGUAUUUGGAAUAUGUAGUGUUAUUUACCGAUUCGUGGUAGACUGUAACAUAUUCACAUUGUAUCAGGUUAAUUAACGCAACUAAACUUUUAUGUUUUUUCUCAUUUGUAUCUGAAACUCCACUUUUUACCGUAGGCCAUAUGAAAACUAUUAACACAUUACUGUAAUCUUGAAUUGUUGAAUUAAAGUAAAUUGAAUUAC